UCAAUUUGUUAUAAUGGAGAAAGACGAUGACAUAAUGCAGCAAGGCGAAGACCAAAACGGUAGCCUAGCAGAGGUCAACCCUAAUUCUCUACCACAAGUAAAUGACAGCUUAUUUUCCACUUCAAAAGUCUUGAAGAAGAAACCCAAACGUCAGUCUGAGAAAAUUGUCAAAGCCCAAACUUUAUCAUCUGAACAUAUAUCACCAGCCCAAAAAUCGUUAAAAGAUGCUUUCGAAAAGGAAUUCAAAAAGAGAAAAUAAAGAGUUUAGAAAGAGAUAUGACUACUACUUGAAAAUCAAGAAAGCUUUGAAAAUUAUCAAGAAGAAUUUACCUGAACUACCAGACAAGGAUAAGAAGGAACUUCAAGAUGAACUUAGACUCAACCAGACCGUUUCGGAAAAUAAGAAACCAAAUCUUGAGUUAGGCGAUAAGGGCUUUAAGUACAAGAUCUCUGUGAUGAAGGAGAAUAAACCAAGAGAUUGUGAUGACAUUCAGGAAAAGACCGAAGAUGAGGAUAAUGCUCCCAAUUCUCCAAAGAAACUUCCAAAUGACAAGCUUGCUGUUGUCCUGAAGAGUUAUAGAGAGAAGUACAAGAAACUUCUAGCGCUUAAGGCAAAGAAUGAUCAUAAAUUAAAAUAAAGCCAAAAAAAAUUUGGAAGCCUUAAAGAACAAAAAUGGGGUAGAAUUAAUCAAAGAGCUCAAACUUGACCAGAAAAGGAGGAAGGACACAAUGACUGACUUGCUUGAGAGGAAGAGAGAGAUGGCUCUGAAUGGAGACUUCAAGCUUCCAAAAAUGAGAAAUUUUACUAGAAAAACCUUCACUCCUGCUAAAAAUGUGUCUACUGUUAUGGAAGAAGAUGAUAAUGAAGAAUUUGAGUCCUUCAGGAAAUCUAAAGACAUCAUUAAUUUUACCAGAGACUCACUUAAAAUUAAUGGAUCAAGGACAGAAAGGAGUCGAAAUAAUAUUUCUCGUAUGAAAUUUGCUCCAGAAGAGGAGAAAAUUUGAACAAAAAGUAACCUUCAAAGAAUGCAACUCAAGCAUAUUAGAAAUUCAUACCAUGGAUCUUUGGUCGGAAAUCUAAUGAAUUCAUAUAAAAAUCCAUGCGCAGUGCAAUCUUUGAUCAACUUUCAGUGAAGCGGGGCCAACAAUUGCGGAAAGCUAUUCAUGCUUUUCGAUAAGCUGUCCUUCGCAGGGACAUCAAGUGUUAUCGGACAUGGCUUCUCAACCAUUGGGUCAGUCUUUUCCACUACCAGUGAUCUGAAGUCCCACUUGCGUUUCGGAACUGAAAACUAGGAAUGGUCUAUAACAAACUUUGUAUCUUCCCAGCAUAGAGGAUGCUAGUAUCAAAGC